AUGGGAUUGACCUUUGAUUCUCUUGGAGAAGCUUACGACUACUACAAUCUGUAUUCGUGGGAGUGCGGCUUUGGAAUAAGGUAUGGGAAGAGUCGUACAAACGUCAAAGGAGCUAAAAGCAUGCAAGAGCUACUCUGCAACUGCGGGGAUGUUCUACAGGGCAAACCAAAGAAAGUGAACUCCAGUUCGUCAAGAACAGAGUGCCCAGCCAUGAUUAGAUUGCUUAGAACUGAAGACGACGGGUGGCACAUCGACAAAUACACCAGAGAGCUGGUAUCUCAGUUGCGUCAAAAUAACGUUAAUCUUAGCAAGGUUUACAGCAUAAUCGGCACAUUUUUCGGUCGUAUUGAGAACGUCCCUUUCACCAAGAGGUGCCUGCGGACGUUGUGUGCAAAAUUGAGCAGAGACCAGGCAGAUGAAGAUGUUAAGAAAACCAUGGAUUAUUUCGCAGAACUGAAGCAGCCUGACCCUGAAUUCACUUACACGGUGCGUCUAGACAGUGAAAGUAGAGUUCGGACACUCAUAUGGACAACUGGGAAGAGCAAAUUGCAGUACCACUACUUCGGUGAUGUUGUUACAUUUGACACUAUCUACAGGACAAAUCUUUACGACAUGCCAUUCGGACUUUUUGUUGGAGUGAAUAACCAUUUCCAGAGUGUGAUAUACGCUGGUGUGCUUAUGCGUGAUGAGAAGGUUGAGAGCUUCAACUGGGUAUUUUCGGAGUUUGUCAAGCUGAUGGGAGGGAAGAAACCUAUUACAAUUCUAACUGAUCAAGCAAGAGCUAUGGAGGUCGCUAUAGAGGAGGUUUAUCCUCAAGCAACACACCGUCGGUGCAAGUGGCACGUCUUAAAGAAAGCAAAAGAGUCUCUAGGUACUUUGUACAACAAACGCAGUGAAUUCAGGGAAGAGUUUCACAAGCUAAUACAGGAUAUGCUCACGGUGGAAGAGUUUGAAAAACAAUGGAAAGAGUUGAUCGACAACCAUUCACUGCAGAAGAAUACAUUCCUCAUACAUACUUAUGAAAAGAGGCAGAUGUGGGCAAAACCUUAUUUUGCAGGGAAAUUCUGUGCCCGAAUGACUAGCACACAUCGUAGUGAAAAUGAAGAAAACAGGAAGAUGGGGUCAUGGAACAGAACGGGAUAG